ACUUCCUGCCAUACCCCGCCAGAGGCUUGGUUACCAAGGAAGAAGUUGGAAGGAAGUCGAAGGAAAACAGAAACUGAAAGUGGUUUACAGAUGCAUACUCUAAACAGCUGAAGCCAACCUUUCAUUCUUCGUAUGAGAAGGGAACUCCUGCUUUUGAUCAUUACAAUUCAGAUUUCCCCAAUAAGAACCGUGAAAGACACCUGUGAUGCAAGAAGUGGUAACAGUUGUACUCAAAUGUCGGACUCGCUAGAGGAAGAGAAGGACAACAUGGGACAAUAUUUGGGUACGAAAGAGAAGAAAAGUGUCUUCCCAACAACUUUGGAGGAGUUUGGAUAUCAGUUCAAUAAAGAUGGUCAGUUGAGAAACAUUGAAACUAAUGAACCAUUUAAAUUUGAAGUGAAAGAAGGUGAUAGAGCUUACAACCAAAAACACUAUGAAGCACUGGGAGAGGUACAUACAAUGCAUUAUACAAAGAGUUUUCUUCCACUUACAACUUUGUUGCAGGUUGAUGCAAAAGAAGAUGAAGUUACUAGUUUUAUUUUUAUGAGUGAUGAUGCAAUGAUGAAAGACAAGCUGAUGAUCCUCAUUCAUGGCAGUGGUGUGGUUAGAGCAGGGCAGUGGGCAAGAAGAUUAAUAAUAAACAAUGAUUUGAAUAGAGGAACAAUGUUGCCCUACAUCAAGCGAGCUAGUCAGGAAGGUUUUGGAGUAGUUAUCACAAAUGGCAAUGAAAACCAUAUAAAGAACAACAAACGGAGAAUACCUAUUAGGGGUAGUGAGUCCCCAGAGAAGCACUUUGUCUAUGUGUGGGAUAACUUCAUUUCCAAAGCUGCAGCUCAAUCAGUAGUUGUCGUCGCUCACAGUUAUGGAGGAAUUGUUAUUGUGGAAGGGCUACAAAAUUGUAAAGGAAUCGAGCAAAGGAUAAAAGCUGUUGCAUUUACAGACUCUGUGCACAGUCUUGCACACCAGAGAGCUGACAAGAAACUUGUGCAUUGGAUGAAAAGGAAUUCACGUAACUGGGUUUCAUCAGGUCUUCCUCUGGAUGCUCCUGUUUCGUCCUUGUUCAAAGGAGCUGAUUGUGAAAUGGUGUCAGCUGGCACAAACCAACAUGAGCUCACUUCACAUGUUGCUUUUGAUUCAAUCUUCAAGUUCUUUGAAGAGAGGCUUAGCCAGAAAGACUCUUCUGAAAAUCAGAAGGACAAUUCUGACAGGGAGAUGGACACUUCUGAAAAUCAAGCUGGUGCAUCACAAAAUGAGGAGGAUGUCUCUGAAAACCAGGCAGAUGUCUCUGAAAACCAGGCAGAUGUCUCUGAAAACCAGGCAGAUGCCUCUGAAAACCAGGCAGAUGCCUCUGAAAACCAGGCAGAUGCCUCUGAAAACCAGGCAGAUGCCUCCCAUAAUAAGAAAGAUUCCUCCCAGAGUCAGAAGGAUGCUCCUGAAAAUCAAGCAGAGGACUCUCAAAUGGAAACAGAUUCUUAGAAGAGAAAGUGGAAAAAAUAGCUUAUUGUAGAACAGAAAAUAGCAGAGUGUGCAAGAUCACUGGGUGGAUCUACUUGUUCUGACUCCUAAUUACUGCUUCCACAUUGUUGAAAAUUUAUUGACACCAAAAACAAACAUAGUGAGAUCACUUUUUCAGGCUGCUCUCUUAACAGGGGCGUCCUUUGCACGAAAAAAUGUUGGCUUAUGGUGCACAUGGGCUUUAAUGUGCAUGUGUAUUGUAGCAAAAACUAUUUGUGUUAUUGAUGAUGCAGCAAGAAAACAACAAAUGUAAAUGGGAUCAUAACUGAAAAGUGUUCUGAUCAAUGAUAACAAUAAUAUUUUGUAGUACUGGAGAACAGUGGAACUGUGGCUUAUGUCCACCCCUGUUGACUCAAUCACCUCCUUAUUGCUGUCUCUGAACAAAUUUAUGCACAGACAAUAAAUUUCUUAAUAUCUGAAAGACCUUUAA